CCUUAGCGACAGGGAGACAAGCGUCGACAGUGCUGGACCGGCUGGCUCGGGUCGCGGCCGCGGCGUUACAUCGUUUUCCAAUCUGUCCGCAAACGCCGCCGCCCGAGACAGAGCCAGGAUGUUCGGGAUGCUGAGCAGCAGCUUUGAGGAUGAUCCCUUCUUCUCUGAUUCUUUUAUGGCACACCAAGAAAGUAUGCGACAGAUGAUGAGAAAUUUUUCUGAACCUUUUGGAAGAGACCUGUUCAGCAUCUCUGAUGGCAGAGGAAGAGCUCGUAACCAUACGGGACAUGAGGAUGGAGAAAAUUCCUUGACUGAUAUCCAGAAGGAAGAAGGAAAAAUUGGAAGACUAGUCUAUGCUAGAGCUGUCCCACAGCCAAGGAUACACCACUCACGUACAGAUGUCAACCCUUUUCAGGCAAUGGACCGAAUGAUGUUAAAUAUGCGAAACAGCAUGCAGGAAUUACAAAGAAACUUUGGUAACCUUUCAACGGAUCCAAAUGGACAUUCGUUUAGUUCUUCCUCAGUUAUGACUUAUUCCAAAGUAGGAGAUGAACCACCAAAGGUUUUCCAGGCCUCAACUCAAACCCGCAGGGCUCCAGGAGGAGUAAAGGAAACUAGGAGAGCACUGAGAGAUUCUGAGAGUGGACUAGAAAAAAUGGCUGUUGGUCAUCACCUCCAUGACCGAGCUCAUGUCAUUAAAAAGUCAAAGAACAAGAAGACUGGAGAUGAAGAGGUCAAUCAAGAGUUCAUCAAUAUGAAUGAAAGUGAUGCUCAUGCUUUUGAUGAUGAGUGGCAAAAUGAGGUUCUGAAGUACCAACCAAGGGGACAAUGGCACAAUCUAGAAAACUCUAGGAUGCGAAACAUUGGUCAUGAGAAUUCAGGAUCCCGAGAACUUAAAAGAAGGCUCUAAGAGAGUGGAGAAUUGCUGCAGAAGGUGGAAGCCUUCCCAGAACCAGCGGUCGACAAGGAGAAACUGCAUCAAAGUCCAGCCAUUGAACGUGGAAGAAGAUCAAAUGUUUAUGUGGAUAAACUCAACAUCAAAGGAUCACCUAUGAAAAUCAACAAAAAAUAAAUAGCAUUGCACUUGAUUUGUUUAGUUUUGGUUGUUUGAACAGAGAAAGUAAUGGUGCUGAGUAAUACACCUAAGACCAAUUGCUUGUUAUUAAAUCAAUACUGUGUUCUUAGCAACUUUCUUCUGAAUUUUCUUGGAAGUGCUAGCUUUAUAUUGUCCCUACUUUAGGAAUAAAACUUUAAUGUUCAAUAGUGCAAGCUGUUAAACAUUCUAUGACACUCUUUAAAACAUAACACAUGCUGAUUUUGCUUUCACAAUUAUUUUCCUAUUGGCUAUGUAUUCCCCUAUACAUUCAAGAUUGAAUGUACAGCUAGCUGUUCUAUCAUAUAAAAUUAGUUAAAAGAAUAAACUGUUAAAAUUAUUUAGCUCAAAUUUUAUAAUGUGUUAUGUAGCCAGCUAGCUUAAAGAAUUUUUUUUUUUUUUGCUGUAUGUGGGCCUCUCACUGUUGUGGCCUCUCCCGUUGCGGAGCACAGCCUCUGGACACGCAGGCUCAGCGGCCAUGGCUCACGGGCCCAGCCGCUUCGCCGCAUGUGGGAUCUUCCUGGACCGGGGCACAAACCCGUGUCCCCUGCAUCGGCAGGCAGACUCUCAACCACUGUGCCACCAGGGAAGCCCAAGAAUUUUUUUAAAUAAAGCAAAACUAUACUAGUACUCUUUUACAAAAAAUUAGUUAUUGUUUUGAUAAAGAACAUAAAGAAUAAUCAAAUAGUUCCUUUUCAAAGAGAUUUUAAAUUGUUAAUAUACAUGAAUUUUCUUAUCGUUUCUUUAUACAGUGUAUUCUUUUUUUGUUCUGUGUUACAUUUUCAACAUUCGACAGACUUUAUAUUGACCUUUCUCUUUAACAUCUUAAGGUAGCAUAUUUCUGUUCUCCUUUCUCACAGACAGCUUAAUCUAUCUCCACGGUUAACAUUCUAAAGUUGCAGUGUCCUUGGAGAAACUCUGCUCGGCCUUUUUGUGACAUUUAGAAAAAUGCAUUUGGUAUUCUGCAAACCUGAAUGAUUGAUUGUCUCAAAAUUUCUUAGACAGGUGAAGUGUGUUUGAGCAAGGUACUUAAUAAUUCAAUUGUUCCCUUUUUAAGUAUACUAUUUAAAAAUUCAGCUCUUGGGUUUUUUUCAUUCUAGAAUGCGAGCAUUAAUCUGUUUUUAUAAAGUUAGGCAUGAAGUUUGUGAGAAUAUAUAAUCUUAACUUUUAAGUUUUUGUUGUUUCAAGGGGGGGAAAAACAGAAUCGAUUAUCACCCUAUAUAAUCCUAAUAUCUUCCCUUUUAAAUUUUGGAAGUAGAAUUGUGUGAUUGUGCUUAUACUCAUCUAAUUUUCUAUAUCAUAUCCUGUUAAUUUUACUAGUCAGUGUUUCAUGCCUUUAAUUAGUCACUAAAAUAAGAUGCAUAUGUGUCAAUUCAUUUUUAUAAUGGGAAGCAAUUGAGCAAGUAUUAAAGAUGUUAAAAUUUUCCUCUUAUGGAUAAUUUAGUAUACUGGGAAGUUAUCAUAAGGCAUCCAUUUGAAAUAACACUUCUGCAUAAAUUCCCUAGACAGAGCAAAAUCCCGGUAGACACUGUAAUUAUUCUCCUUUUGCCUAAAUUAUUACACUGAAGUUAACUUGAAUCAUUAUAUUCAAAUAUGAAAACACAUUUUAAUAAAUAAUUGUACUUAAAACAGUAUAACUUCUAUGCAUCAUAUAACAGAGAAUUCAUUGAUGCUUUUUUCAUCUCAAUUUGUUUACUGUAGAAAUCAAAUUAAAAUUGAAUUAGAUAUAUAUUUCCUCCUAUGCCACAGUGCUUCCUAAGGGGCCACUUACAAAAUAUGUGACAUCUGGAGAUUAAGUGUUAAUUCUUUAUGUUCACACGAUGCUGAAAUUAACUUUUUUCAGAUUUUAUUUUUAUCUUCAUUCUGAAGUCAACUAGUAUAAAAAAGAAGGCUCGCCAUAGCUUGUAGUUCACAUGUUAUUUUUUCUUUAUUGACAACCACUGAUCUUUCUGGAACGCUGGGUCCUUGGGGAAUGUAAGGAUAUUAACUAUUUUGUGAAUGUGGCCUUGACAAUAAGUCCAAGUUGAAAACUUAGGCUCCUUGCUACUUUAGUGAUUUUCCUGGUAACUUUCAGUCUCAGUGAUAGGUUUUCAUUAUUUAUCUUUAGGACUUCAUUAUCUUUUAUUGUUACAGGGCAGUGGCAGGAGCACAUUGGUAUCAGAUGGUGCCCUACGUGUGGCAAUGUGAUGGUGUUUGGAGGUGGGGCCUUUGGGAGGUGAUUAGGUUAUGAGAGUGGAGCCCUCAUGAAUGGGAUUAAUGCCUUUGUAAAAGGGACCCUAGAGAGCUCCUCCACCCUUUCUGCCUUGUGCCCACACAGUGAGAAGUUGGCUGCCUAUGAACCAGGAUGUGGGACACACCAGACACUGAAUCUCCUGGAACCUUGAUCUUGAUCCCACCUUGCAGAUCUAUGAGAAAUAAACUUCUGUUGUUUACAAGUCA